CUUUUUUUUUUUUCUCUUUUUCUUUCUUCUUCUUCUUCUUCUUCUUCACAUUCAACAUGCGCCAUUCUGCUGCCCUGUCUGCGGUGGUGGCAGUGCUGUGCGUGGUCGCCUCAGUGGCCUCGGCCGUUGAGUUUGCGCACCCGCCGGCCGUCACGUACAAGCAGUACACCCCUGCCAAGGAGCGCUCCUACCUGGCCCCGCACCCUUCGCUCGACUACCAGCUGUCUCGCUCGCCUGCCCGCCACCUGCGCCAGGACGGCACCAACCUCCAGUGCCUCAAGGACCUCAACUACUACUUUAACAUGUCCACGCUCAUCGAGACUGGCGGCUGGCAAUACGUCGAUGCCAUGGGCAAGGUGCCGUCUGGCCUGAUCAUCUCCCUGUCACCCAUCUCGUGGGGCGACUACGACGGGUGCAUGCGCAUUCCCGGCGCGACGUACUGCAUGAUGAAGGGCGACAUUGACUCUGUCGAGUACAAGGGCAUGGUCUACCCCAACGAGACUCUCCCGACUGCGUACGCGUUCGAGUGGGGCGUCUGCGUGCCAGCAAGCUGCGACCCCGUCACCCUCACCGACCAGUCCCACGCCGUCCUGCAGCUCAUCUACGAGAACACUGGCCUCAACUUUACCGUCUCGUCCGUCGGCGCCUACUGCCGCAUGGACAACGAGUACCAUGCCGGCGCCAUUGUCAUGCUCUUCCUCUCGGGUGUCCUCAUCGUUCUCGUUCUUCUGGCCACCGGCUACGACUACUACCGCACCUACCUGAAGCGAAGCUCCCACGUCGAGCUCUCGCCCACCAACGGCCACGACAUCCAGGGCAACGGCCAGAACGGCGAGACCCGCCCUCUUCUCGACGCCCCCACCAAGGCUGAGAAGGCCAGCGGCCCGCGCGUCAAGCAGCCCCUUUGGCAGUCGUUGACUCUUGGCUUUUCGCUGCUCCAGAACGUGCCCAGGAUGUUUGCCACCAACACCAAGGACGAGAGCCUGCUUUCCCUCAACGGCAUCCGUGUCAUCAGCAUGUGCUGGGUCGUUCUCGGUCAUACUUACCUCUGGGCGCUUGACUCUGGCAUCCAAAACCCUUACGCCGUCUACUACAUGUCCAUCCGCCCCACCUUCCAGAUCAUUGCCAACGGAUUCUUCACUGUCGACUCGUUCUUCUUCCUGUCCGGCUUCCUCGUCUGCUACGUUGUCCUGGUGAUGCUCGCCAAGCGCAACUCGCUGCCGUACUUCCCGUACAUGAUCCACCGCUUCCUCCGCAUCACCCCCACGUACAUGUUUGCCCUCUUCUUCUACUGGUACAUUGGCCCGCUCUUUGGCGACGGCCCCAACUGGUUCCGCGUUCAGUCCAACCACGCUUGCGAGCAGUACUGGUGGGCCAACCUGCUCUUCGUCAACGACUUUGUUCCCAACAGCCUCUACGACGAGUGCAUGGGCUGGAGCUGGUACCUCGCCAACGACAUGCAGUUCUAUGCCAUCUCUCCCAUCUUCCUGCUCCUCCUCUACCGCCGCCCGAUCUGGGGUGUCAUCUCCCUCGGCGCCACACUUGUUGUCAGCUUUAUCGUCACCAUGGCCCUCGCCAUACAGUACGAUCUCGACGCCAACCUGCAGGUCGCCAUCUUUUUGCAAGCCAUCCCCAAGUACGACUACUCGGCCAUCAUUUACACCAAGCCCUACUGCCGCAUCGCCCCGUACAUUGUCGGCAUGUUCACCGCCUACAUUCUCAACCGCUACGGCCAAGCCAACCGCCGCAUCUCGCGCCCCAAGAUUCUCGGUCUCUUCUUUAUUGCGGCGUCCAUUCUCCUGGGCAUCUUCUUUAGCAUGUACUCCAAGUUCGACUCGACCUCCUUCCUGCACUGGGACGGCCGAGAGUGGUCGACUGCCGAGAACGCCAUCUACAUUACCUUUGCCCGCUUUGGCUGGUCGGUCGGUCUUGCCAUCAUUGUCUGGCUCUGCGUCACUGGCAACGGCGGUGUUGUCAACUACCUGCUGUCGACCAAGGCCUUCAUGGUCUUUGGCCGCAUGACCUUCUGCGUCUACCUCAUCCACCCGAUCGUCGCCGCAAGCUUCUUCUACACGCUCCGUCAGCCCACCAUUCUGCAAGAUCUUCCUGAACAGUUCUAUUUUAUUGCCAACACUGUCAUCUCCUUCGCCGGUGCCUUUGUCAUGUGCAUGUUUGUCGAGUUCCCGCUUGCCAACGUUGAGAAGACUCUUCUUGGUUAAAACAGAAGGAUGUCUUUUGUUUUUUCUAGUUUUUGUUUUUUUUCUUUUAAAACAAAUCUUUUUUUCCUUUUCCUCUUAUCUCCCUCUCCCUCUGUAGUUGUGUAUUUGUGUGAUGUAUCGCUUUGUUUGUUUUGUGGUGUUUCGGUUGUACAAUGAAGAAUACCAAGCUCAACAA